UAUGUGAUUCUGCAGUGUUUAUAAAGAACGUUCUAACGUUUAAUCGCUUUUGUUUAUUUUGAAAGGGUGUCAGAAUUUGCAGGCGGAAGUGUCGGUUUAGCCUAGCGCGGAUUUUAUUCCGUGAGUUUCAAGUUGGUCUGUUAGCUUCUUCCUAGCAGUUCAGUGUGUGAAAUAGAACAAGGCUGAAGUCCAGCUGUAUACAGAGCAGAAAGCCUGCUGCUGUAGCUUGCACUGGAGGUUUUUCCUCAGUAACCCGGACUUAAUUAAUUUUCUGUUGGGUUCAACGGUGUCGUUAGCUGCUAACGGUGCAGCGUUAGCUGUUCACGCUAAUUAGUGGUCUCAACUUUAGCCGAUGUAAUAAAACAGGAGUGUGCAGCCAUUAGCGUCGGUGUGGCUUUCAGAAAAGAAAUGGCGGGAGGCGGAGAUAUCAUGGACGGUGAUCUGGAAGAUGGAGAGAUCUCUGGGUCCAGCUCGGAUACUGAGAUGGGACCAGCCACAGUAGCACAAGAAGCUCGACCCCAGGUUCCCUCGACUUUCUGCGGCCAGUCUUUCCAGAACAGAGCCUAUGCUCAGGCACUUCCAGCCGAAGCUUAUCGCAGCACAGGUAGGACGGCAGAGUCUAGUGACAGUGACCCGGAGUCCUCUGACGAGGAGGCGGCUGUUUGGCGCCGGAAACGCCAGAAAGUUACCAUUGCUCCACAGCCGCCUGCAUGCAACGCCCGGCUAGGGCCGACCCCUCUGCCCGCCCAGGGGACGACGGGUGGCCGCAAGGUGAAUAACAUUUGGGGCUCUGUAGUACAAGAGCAGUGCCAGGACGCUAUCACUGCAGAACUUGGCAUAUUUGGCAUGGAUGGUGUUGGCAUGUCCAGCAGGAAUGUGGAGACUUAUAAUUUCGUCCUAGCUCGGAAGAUAAUGGAGAAGGAGAGGGAGAUGGAGGCACAGUCAAAUGAAGGAGGAGAAGUGAGCAUGCUGGAUGCUGAGCUGGAGGAGUACAUGAAGGGUAGGGGGUCAGAAGAGAACACAGGAGCUGAUGCAAAGAGAAAGAGGCCUGCAAAGGAGCGACUGGGCCCCAGAGAAGAGAUGGAUGUCAAAGGCCGCUAUGAGAUCACAGAAGGUGACCCUGAAGAUAAGGUGAUAGAUGAGAUUGCGUACAGGCUGCAGGAGCCCAAAAAGGAGCUGAUCGCUCGAGUUGUCAAAGUAGUUGGCAAGAAAAAAGCCAUAGAACUGCUCGGAGAGACUGCCACCCUGGAGGAGAGCGGCGGUGUGUACACCAUGGAUGGCAGCAGACGCCGGACACCGGGUGGGGUGUAUCUCAACCUGUUGAAAAACACCCCCAGUAUCACCAAGGCCCAAAUCAAGCAGAUAUUCUUUGAGGAACAGGUGAAGGAGUACAAGAGCAAGAAGGCUGCCCAGAAGAGGAGGCGGCAUUUGGUGGCCAAGAAGAUGAAGCAGGCCAUUGGCACACUAAACCUGCAGGAGCACGAUGACGUCUCCAGAGAGACUUUUGCUAGUGAUACCAACGAGGCUCUGGAGUCUCUGGAGGAAGCUGCAGAAGACGAGGAGGCACAAGAGGAAGCUGCUGUGGGCACUGAGGAGACAGCAGUGGUCUACAACGCGGCAGACCUGGAGGUGUUUUGAAAAUGGCCUGCUGUCUGAACAACGAUGCUAAUGAAACACUGAAAGCACUGAAUAUGCGAUUGAUACAAAAUCCACACUGGUGUCCUUUUUUGUUUAUUUUUUUUUUUAAACCUCAGCAAUAAAAGCAGCGCCUCUGUUAACACAUAGCUUGUUUCAUACAGCAUGAACAUGUUGAUUGGAGCUUUUGCAGUUCAAAUGUUGUUUGCCUUUUAAAACCAGUCCUUAUCAACAAAAUAAUGUUGUGAUAGUCAAAUACAUAACCAUUUGUUGCUGUAAGCAUCAUUAUAGAAACAGCUCUUGAGUUAUUAUUUUCAUGCACCUCGGUCUGGAAAAUAAUAAAAGUGGUGACUCAGGUAAAAGAAUUAAAAAACUGUAGGGUUCUUAUUUUGUACACUCGCUUCCAAACACAAAAUAAUAUAAAUAUUGAAUAAGCGGAGUUUUAUUAUCAUCAGAUCAUUAUUACUGUCCUGUCAUUCAUACCAAGUGGAGCUUCUCAAAGAAAGCGAAGGCAUUGAAUGGCAGAUGUAAAAGUGCUGAAGUGUCCACUAGAUGGCAGCCAUGUUCCAACUUCUGCAAGAGCUGAUAGCCUUUUUAGUCCAAAGCUGUAUAUCAAAAGAACCCUUAACUGUUCCAUACAGCAUAUAUCAAAAUGUAUAAUAUAAAAGAAUAACUCAAGAAUUAAACUGAAAAAUGCAAAACUGCAUGUGUAUGAGACUGCCACCUGCUAUAGUAAAGGUUAAACUAACAGAGUUCACAGGUGUCUU